CACUACAAGAAGAAGAAGACCGCGCCGCUUUCCUCCAAUUACGAGCAUUCUGAAAAGUAUUUUCAACUCCCUGUCUAUAUUCAAAAUAACGUAUUUGCGCGCGCAAAAGACGCGGAAUAUAAAACUGAAACUAAACUGGACCGUUAUACGUUUUGUCUUUGUAUUUUUGUCCACAUACAUUAAAAUGGCAGAAGCGAAUGUUUAUUUGGCUCAGGAUCAGUUCAUCUGUUCAAUCUGUCUGGAUCUACUGAAGGAUCCUGUGACUAUUAACUGUGGGCACAGUUACUGUAUGAGCUGUAUUACAGACUGCUGGGAUCAGGAUGAUAAGAAGAGAGACUAUGGCUGCCCUCAGUGCAGACAGACCUUCACUACAAGACCUGUUUUAGGUAAAAACACCAUGCUGGCUGAAGUGGUGGAGAAACUAAAGAAGACUAAACUACAAACUGCUCGUCCUGAUCAAUGUUAUGCUGAACCUGGAGAUGUGAAGUGUGACGUCUGUACUGAGAGAAAACACAAAGCUGUCAAGUCCUGUCUGGUGUGUCUGAACUCUUACUGUCAAAAUCAUCUUGAACAACAUGAGAAAUUAUUCAAAGGGAAGCACAACCUGAUAGAUGCCACUGGACGACUUCAGCAGAUGAUCUGCCCACAACAUGAAAAGCUGUUAGAGUUUUACUGUAAAACUGAUCGGCAAUGUAUAUGUCUAUGGUGUAUGGUGGGCAACCAUAAAUUUCACAAAACUAUAUCAGCUAAAGAUGAGAGGACCGAGAAACAGAAACAACUGAAGGAGACACAGAGAAAAUACCAGGAGAUAAUCCUGGAGAGCGAGAAGAAGCUUCAGGAGCUGAGAGAUGCUGUGGAGACUCAUAAGCGCUCUGCACAGACAGCAGUGGACAACACUGAGAGGAUCUUUACUCAACUGAUUCGAUCCAUUGAGAAAAGACGAUCUGAGGUGACACAUCUGAUCAGAGAUCAGGAAAAGACUGCAGUGAGUGAAGCUGAAGGACUCAUGAAGCGACUGGAGCAGGAGAUUGAUGAUCUAACGAGAAGGGACGCUGAGCUGGAGCAAAUUUCUCACACAGAUGAUCACAUCAAUUUCAUCCAGAAUUUUCAGUCUCUCUCUGCUUCUCUUGGAUCUAUAGAUUCACUCAACAUCACUGUCAGUUCUCUCCUCUCUUAUGAUGAUGUAGUGAAAUCUGUUUCUCAUCUGAGGGAUAAACUGGAGGAUUUGUGCAGAGAAGAGAGAGAACUGAUAUCCAAUAGAGUAAAGGUUAUUGAAAUCAUUCCCACCCCUGAACCCAAGACCAAGGAGCAGUUCCUACAAUAUUAUUGUCCGAUCACUGGAGAAGAAAACACAUUGUAUAAUUGUCUCCGUCUGUCUGAAGGGAACAGAGUGAUUACUCACACUUACACAGGCCAGCGGUAUCCUAAUCAUCCAGACAGAUUCAAUGGUUGUUAUCAGGUGUUGUGUAAAGAGGGUGUGUGGGGACGCUGUUACUGGGAGGUUGAGUGGAGCGGUCAGGUGUAUAUAUCAGUGUCAUAUAAGAGCAUCAACAGGAAGGGAGGCCGUGAUGAUUGUAGGUUUGGAUUUAAUGAUCAGUCCUGGUGUUUGUGCUGCUCUGACUCCAGUUGUUCAUUCUGGCACAAUAACAUUGAGACUAAACUCCCAGUAGGGUCCAGAUCUUCUAGAAUAGGAGUGUAUGUGGAUCACAGUGCAGGAUCUCUGUCCUUCUACAGCGUCUCUGACACAAUGACCCUCAUCCACAAAGUCAACACCACAUUCACUCAACCUCUCUAUCCUGGGUUUUAUGUUUCUGGAAGAGUGAAACUGUGUGAUCUGACUAAAUAGAUGUCUGAACUGAAAACACCUUAAAAUAUAGCAGUACAAUUAGGGAUAGGCGAUAAUUUGCAUGUGAUUGUAAUUGGGCAUCUCUUCAGUGAAACCGAUUUCUUAAGAGAGAUUUCUUUAGAUGGAGCGGCAUUUACUACACAAAGUCGUAGUUCACUGACAGUUGGGGCAAUUUCGCAUUUAUUAUCGCGCACAUAUCGCCUGCGAUAUGUAU